AUGGAGUGCCUCUCAAAUUUUACUUACACUCGAUGUGGCUGCGUACAUUUCGGUAUGCCCUAUGGACCCAAUAUGGAGGUGUGCAAUGCGGGUAGUAGAGAAUGCGUUAAAAAAGCUCAGAUGGAACUGGUGACUAUCGCAAUUCAAUCCCGACUGAACAGUAUGAACCCGGUAAAAAACAAUGACUCGGAGUCUUUAGGGGAAGCCUUCAAAGUGUCUGCUCGAUGCCAGUGCCUUCCAGCUUGUACAUCUAUAGAGUAUGAGGCAGAAACAUCUCAGGCUGACUACGACUGGCAAGCCAUAUACAGAGUUUAUAAAUUAAAUAUUACCGAAGAUUUAGAAGAUUUAUUGUUCUCUCGAGUGAUGGUUUUCUUUAAAGAAGCCCAGUUCAUAACAUCCCGUCGCUCAGAGUUAUAUGGACAAACGGACUUCCUCGCCAACUGCGGUGGAUUACUUGGACUGUUUAUGGGCUUCUCCAUCCUCAGCGUCAUUGAAAUAAUAUAUUUCUUAACUCUAAGGCUAUGGUGUGUUCUCUGGCGUCGACAGAAGCGAAUUGAAUUGAAAAGAGCAUCGAUCGCCGAGGGUAGUCUCUACAAAGGAAAGCUGGUAGAUUAA